AUGGCUUUGAAAGUCUUAGUUGGGCAAAAAAUUAUGAAUGAGGUGGUUAAAUAUAAGCCCCCACCUCCAAAGAAAACUGGAACUGCUGCAGCCGCAAAGCCAGGAGGAAUGGAAUGGCGAGUACUGGUUGUUGAUAAGUUAGGCAUGCGUAUGGUUUCUGCAUGUACAAAAAUGCAUGAAAUAAGUGCAGAAGGAAUAACUUUGGUUGAGGAUAUUGCCAAAAAACGGGAACCUUUACCAACUAUGGAUGCUAUAUACUUAAUAACACCAUCGGAUGAAUCUGUUCGUUUUCUUAUUCGUGAUUUUGAGAACCCGGCACGUCCAAUGUAUCGCUAUGCGCAUGUCUUCUUUACUGAAGCGGUUCCACAAGAUAUAUUUGAAAGAUUAAAAGAGCGUUCAGAUAUAACGCGCAAGUACAUAAGAACAUGUAAAGAAAUUAAUAUUGCAUUUUUAGCAUAUGAAGCGCAGGUUUAUUCUCUCGAUUCGCCAGACACUUUCCAGUGUUUGUAUUCGCCAGCGUUCGCCUCAAUACGAACCAAACAUAUUGAACGGAUUGCCGAGCAAAUUGCCACACUUUGCGCCACACUUGGCGAAUAUCCGAAUGUGCGUUAUCGUAGCGAUUGGGAACGAAAUAUAGAUUUGGCAGCAUCUGUACAACAAAAGUUAGAUGCAUAUAAAGCCGAUGAGCCCACCAUGGGAGAAGGUCCCGAAAAAUCACGAUCUCAAUUAUUAAUUUUGGAUCGUGGCUUUGAUUGUGUAUCGCCAAUGUUACACGAGUUAACAUUACAGGCGAUGGCAUAUGAUCUUCUACCGAUUGUUAAUGAUGUCUACAAAUAUACGCCUGGACCAAAUCAACCAGAAAAAGAAGUGCUACUCGAUGAGAAUGAUGAUUUGUGGGUAGAAUUGCGACAUGAACAUAUUGCUGUUGUAUCUACUCAAGUUACACAAAAUUUGAAAAAAUUCACCGAGUCCAAAAGAAUGACAUCGACCGAUAAAUCUUCAAUGCGUGAUCUGUCACAAAUGAUAAAGAAAAUGCCGCAAUAUCAGAAAGAAUUAUCGAAAUAUUCGACCCAUUUGCAUUUAGCUGAAGAUUGUAUGAAGUCGUAUCAGAACUAUGUCGAUAAACUUUGUCGUGUUGAGCAAGACUUGGCAAUGGGCACAGAUGCUGAAGGUGAAAAAAUCAAAGAUCAUAUGCGCAAUAUUGUGCCUAUAUUACUUGAUCAAAAUGUUUCCAAUUAUGAUAAAGUACGCAUAAUCGCGCUUUAUAUAAUGAUUAAAAACGGUGUUACGGAAGAGAAUAUAACAAAGCUUUUCACACAUGCUCAACUUACACCAAAAGAGCAGGAUAUGGUGCGCAAUCUGAGCUAUUUGGGUGUUAAUGUUAUUCAAGAUUCUCGUAAAAAAAUUUAUUCUGUACCACGAAAAGAGCGUAUCACUGAGCAUACUUAUCAAAUGUCACGUUGGACGCCAGUUGUUAAAGAUAUAAUGGAAGAUUGUAUCGAAGAUAAAUUAGAUCAACGCCAUUUUGCUUUCUUAGCUGGCCGUGCACAAAAUACAAACUAUCAUGCACCUACAAGUGCCCGCUAUGGACAUUGGCAUAAAGAUAAAGCCCAGACUCAAGUUAAAAAUGUACCACGCCUUAUUGUAUUUAUUGUCGGUGGCGUAAGCAUGUCAGAGAUGCGUUGCGCUUAUGAAGUUACCAAUUCUGUUAAAAAUUGGGAAGUAUUGGUUGGUUCAUCACAUAUAUUAACACCAGAAAUAUUUUUAAGUGAUUUGGGUAGUCUUUCAAAGGAGGACUAAACAACAGCAAUAUUCAUAUAAUAAUAAACUAAAUGAAUUAUUACUUAGGAAAAUGUUGACGGUAGAAUUUCACGAUGUGCAGUUUUUUUUUCUUUUUAUGUUAAAAUUG